CUCACGGCGGGCUCGACAGGAACCCGGUGGCCGGAGACCCUCUUAAAAAAGAAAUCAAACUCAGCGCUCAUGCAGCAGUAGCAGCUGCUUCGCCCUCCCGCUCCGCACAAAGCACCGAUCGCCCGAACUGCGGGGCGAUAAACAAGAGUUACUUGUUGCUUGUAACAGGUGGUGCGCCGCGCUGGCGCCAUGUUCCUGCACCUGCACGGGAUGGGGGUGGGGGAUACAGAGUUCCCUAGGCGACGGUCCCCAUCCCUGCCACCAGCCAUGAAGUUGUACUUCCAAAUCCUGACUCUACUUUGCUGCUUUGUGAAAAUAUCAAUGGCUGCCAAAAUUGUGGUCGUGCCGCCGAUUAUGUUCGAAAGCCAUCUCUACAUUUUUAAGACCCUCGCGAAAGCGUUACACGAGGAUGGACAUGAGAUGGUGUUUGCAGUAUCAGAAGGUAGAGAGAUCCCUUCAUCGGAUUACUUUAGAUUGCUGCGGUAUCCAGGUUUCUUCAACAGCACAACAGCAGAUGAUUUCUUGCAGUCCAAGAUGAGGAAUAUUUUCUCUGGAAGGCUAACGGCUCUGGAACUCUUUGAUAUUCUGGAGCAUUACUCAAAGAACUGUGAUAUCAUGGUUGGCAGCCAGAGUUUCAUUGCUCAGCUGAAAGAAGAAAAGUUUGACUUGCUUUUGGUGGACCCAAAUGAAAUGUGUGGCUUUGUGAUAGCGCACCUUCUGGGAGUGAAGUAUGCUGUCUUUUCCACUGGCCUUUGGUAUCCAACAGAAGUCGGUGCUCCAACACCACUCGCCUAUGUACCAGAAUUCAACUCCCUCCUUACAGACAACAUGAAUUUGAUUCAACGAAUUGCAAAUAUUGCAGUGUACUUGGUAUCGCGCUUUGGUGUGAAUUUUCUGUUCUUGCCAAAAUACGAGCGAAUAAUGCUGAAAUACAAAAUUGAGCCUGAAUGCUCCAUGUAUGAUUUAAUUCAGGGUUCCAGCUUAUGGAUGCUGUGUACAGAUGUGGCACUGGAGUUCCCUCGGCCUACAUUACCAAAUGUGGUGUAUGUGGGAGGGAUUUUGACCAAACCUUCAAGCCUCCUACCUGAAGACUUCAUGAACUGGGCAGAUGGUGCUAAAGAAGAAGGCUUUGUCCUCGUAUCGUUUGGAGCCGGUGUGAAAUAUUUGUCGGAUGAAGUUGCACAUACAUUGGCAGGAGCUUUGUCGAGACUCCCUCAGAAAGUGAUCUGGAGGUAUUCUGGAAAGGAACCAAGCAAUUUGAGCAACAAUACAAGACUUGUAGAAUGGGUGCCUCAGAAUGAUUUACUUGGUCACCCAAACAUCAGAGGAUUUCUAAGCCAUGGUGGUCUAAAUGGUAUAUUUGAAGCGAUGUACCAUGGUGUUCCUGUGGUUGGAAUUCCCCUUUUUGGUGAUCACUAUGAUACAAUGACCCGUGUGCAUGCCAAAGGGAUGGGCAUCUCAUUAAGCUGGAAAACAAUGACAGAAGAUGAUCUGUAUAAUGCAUUGGUGACAAUAAUUACUGAUCCACGGUACAAGCAACGUGCAGAACAGUUAUCUCAGAUUCAUAAGGACCAACCAGAACAUCCUGUAAGCCGAACCGUUUAUUGGAUUAACUACGUACUCCGUUACAGUGGAGCACAGCAUCUUCGCGCUGCUGUUUAUAAUGUCCGGUUCUACCAGUACUACUUGUUGGAUGCAUUACUGCUCGUUACAAUAAUUAUUGUUGUUGCAUACAAGAUAGGAUUUUUGAUAGUAAGUCUGAUCGCCAAUAGGUUUUCAUCUAAAUUAUUGCAUAGUAAUGCUAAUGGAUACUGCAAUAAUGGAAUAUCAAAUGGUAAACAUCGGAAGAAUGGUCACAUCAAACAUGAAAAGAAAGUGAAAUGAAUAUUCCAUAAUAUUGGGAAAGAUUUAAGUUAACUACUGUUGGUAUAAUUCCAGCUGUGUAACACAUUACUGACAGCAUUUAAGAAAAAUAACUGUGUUAAUGUGCUCCACCAUUUAACUUAAUUUUGCCUAAAAUUCCAUGUGCUGACUAAAGGACCGACGGGCACAACUUAAAAAUGCAAUGCUGUAUAUUUGAAUCUUGGUAUUUCUGCACAAAUUACUUUUGGCACUGAAACAUAAGGGCCUUAAUUCUUGAAGCCUUUUAUUAUGAAUUUUUAUAAACUGUUUUGAGAUUUAUUAGUGACUUGUGUGCCCCAUUUUUUUUUAAAUUAAGAAAAGAUGAAGGCUUUGAUACUUGGUAAAAUUGGUUCUUUUUUUUCUGUUUCAAAGUUCUCUGAAGAUUAUGUUACCCAUGAAUGUGCUGAAUAGUAUGCUAAUGCAUUUGUGAUGUUAGUAUACUCAAUUAUUUGACCUAAUUAAAGAUGUUUCAUUUGCUCUGAUGAAUGCCCCUUUUCCGAUGGAAAUCUUGUGGUUGGAUCUCCUGCCUGUAAAGAAUUGCUUUGCUUUUUUUAUCAUCACUAUGAUUUUUAAGGGGCACAAAUCCAGAUAUCCCUCCCAAACACAGCCUUCGCAGAAUCAAAGAUGGUACGAGUUUAAUAAUUAUCAAGUGUUGCAUAAGUGACCUAAUUCAAGGUUUUGUUUCAGGUUUUCAAACAAAAUUUCUAAUUGUGUAGUUGAUAAGUUAAAUAACAAGAAUACAUGGUUUAUCUUUUGUAAUUCACAUAUAUGGAAAAUGAUGCGCCGUUAUUUACAAUACGAACUAAACAGUAGAUUUAUAAUUGCACCACCCUUUAAUGUGACUUGCUUGGGGAAUGUUUCAUAAAUCCCAUUUAAAAAUACAGCAUCCCGUGAUGGGUAUCAAUGUUUCCACAUCACUUUACACGUGAUUUUGGGUGCAGCAGUUUUUUCUCCAGCAUCAUUUAUUAACUCAAUUCAAAAUUACGAAAUGCCUUUUAAAUUGAUCUUACAAAUUGAAUUAAUGUGUACUAUGAAUAAAUUUGCCACAUAGGUACAAAAAGAAUCACAGGGUCUAGACUCCAUCAAGAAUGUCUUGGAUAGGCAAAAUUGAAGGUUUAUUAUUGCUCGAUCAUUUAAAAUACCUAACUUUUAUUCUGUACCUGCCUUGAUGCCCAAGGCCUAUAAAUGUGAAAUAGACACGCUUUUAACUGCCCAUCACUUGCCAAAGUAUUUUUACAUGGUCUUUAUAUUUUCCCAUCAGGACAUCGGUGAAUAUCUGUUGGUGCUUGUUACUUUUCAACAGUUUCAUGUUGGCAGCUUUUUGCUGUUGUUUUGACAUCUGGGGCACACAAUUCACUGUUUCGUAACUACUAUUCUUCAGCCCUGUGCUGUUUUCCUGUUUGUCAUAGUUUGUCCACUGUGUGACGUGUUUACUGACAAAUGAACUAGCCCUGCUGUGAGUGUAUUUUUUUAUUUAUUCUAAUUGAAGUUCAUGUGUUUGACAAAGGAACUAAGUGCCUUGUAUCCAAUUUUACUGUUGUCUCCUUGAUUCUGACCCAAAUAUAAACUAUUUUUCCAUCCUACUUGGAGCCGCAAAUGGCCGCUGACUGUAAGGAAAUUGAUGGGUAAUGAACAGCUAAUAGCUUUAAAUAAUUUAACAAAGGAAAGUUGUUGUAAAUGUAUUUACACUACUUUCAUUUCUGUUCAAAGCCCUGUACAGUACUGCCAUGAAGUGGCUAUAGAGAAAGCAGGUUCUCUGCUUAGAGGCUAUGAGUGGUGGGGUGGUUUUUAGCAUAUCUGUAUACAGAUGUGUUGACAUAGAAUAACAGAUGCAAUGUCUUCAGGCUGUAGCAUAGCUGGGCUAAAGCAGAAAAAAAAACAAGCAAUAAGCACUGAUCACACAUGGCCUGGAACCAUUUCUUUUUAUAUGUACAUAUAAAAAUGUAAAUGUCUAUAAUAUCAGCUACAGUUUUAAGUAUGAACACUGUCAUCUGUUAUUGCAAUAAAGUUAAAUGCAAAACGUUGAAUA